AUGCAUUCGGAGGAGAAGCGAGCAUGUCUAGGGGCGUCGUUAUGCGAUGAGCUCACGGCCUUCCACAAUGCGGAGAAGGUGGAGGAGUUAGAGGCGGAGUCGGACAUGCUUAGAGAUACUGUGGCACGGUACCGUUCCCUGGUCCGGCGCAAGGACGAGUAUCUUGCUCGCAUCGUAACUGUAAUGGGAGAGGGUGGUCAAGCGAGAGGGGAGGACUCCGAGGAGCGGUAUAAUUAA